AUGACGCGCCAAGCUCCCGAUCAUUCUCUCGACCCUCCCGACCAGCCUGCCAUCCCUCCUCACGUUCCUCCUCCUUAUGAUCUUGAUUUUCAACAAUUGGUAUCAUUCGACAAUGGUCAUCAGAGCGCUGAUACUGCUACCAACGGUGGUGCACAUGGUCAAGUCGAUAAUUUCGCAACAUCUCCACGCUUGACAGUGUUGGAUGUGUUGAUCAUUGGCAAUUCAGGAUUUCAAAGUUUUGACGAGUUUGAACACUUUUGCGAGCUGUAUAAGAAACCAUAUCAUGAAAUGGAAGAAGAGGAACGCAUGAAGCUCAGACAGCAACUGUGUGCUCUUCUUCGAGUCGCGCGAAAUCCGAAGUCAAUCCAAGCGAUCGAAGAAGCAUACUACGUUUCCCAGAGCAGUCAUAGAUAUCUUAGCCUCGAAGAUUAUUCUCUUCGCAGCGAAAAUGGAUAUUUGAUAUCUUCCACGAUUAAACGCUGCAAAAGCCUUACCGCUUCCAUCCGAACAGUCCAAGCUGCAGCUGCACCAACUUCUGCCACAUCAUCUACCCCAACCGUUUCAGACGGAGAUAUUUUGUCCCGUGAUGUGCAGCAGUGGUCAGUUGAUAAUAUACAGAUGCUCAGGAACCAGUAUCAGCAGUGGUUAGCUGAUGAUAUAUUCAUCUACCAUCAUGGCGCCGAAGACCUACUCAACAAACGUCCACCUCAGGCUAUUUCAGGUGCCGGCUCGUCAUCUGCCUUCCGUCAACCAAUUCCUCGUGGUCCAGCUCCUCCCAUCAGUCAAUAUAUGGACUCUAAUUUAGCUGAUAUCACUUCAGACUUGCAACAUCCUUGGAGUUACCACCAAUGUCUGGACUACCUCGCUCGCCGUGUGGUUAUCUUUAUGAGCUCGCCCAAUCCAAAUCUUUUUGCUUUCAGCCUUCCUUCGGGUAGCAAGCUUCAAGGCAUGACGGCAGAUCAACGUGCAGAAUGUGUCCGCAAGCACAUCAAAGAGCAAGAUGUGAAGCAUGGUCGUGCUCAAGUUCCUAAAGAUACACCAUCUACUUUGGGUUCGAAGUACCUUUCCACCGCUUCAACAAAGUCAAGAGACGACUAUUAUCGCGAGGAAAUCGUUCCUGAUUAUCGUUAUCAUGUCCACACAAGCCCCGGUGUCAACGGCAACGGAAAUAGAUACAGAGAUCGAUCGACAUGGAGCACACAGGCAGAUGACGGAAAAGGCGAUACAGAUUGGGGAGAUGCCUCUGAUUUUGGUUGGCUUCCCGCCCAAUCUGACGAUUGGAUUCCAUCAAAGAAAACACAUGGGCGUUUAUCUGUUCUUAGAUCGCCGGACGGUUCCGAACUGAAAGAGGUUGUUCCUCACUCUGAAACGUCCUUGUUUCCAGAGUUAGAGAAUGAUUAUCCAAUGAUUGGACGUUUAUUGAGCCAAGAACAUCGUGUCAAUCACAUGUCAGACUUCAGACUUACCUCAGAUCAAGAUCACGAUUUGAAAGUUGUUGAUACUCAAGCUCCUUCUUGGAAGGACUCCAAGGCUCGUGCUGCGGCUUCUAGAGAUCAUAUUAGCGGUCGUGGCAAUGGUGUCGACGGAAUUGAUGCUCGUACUAUCUCUGAGGUCGAUGCUCGCGCUGCUGAUUCUAAUUCCGAGAAAGAUUCUAUCAUGCGUCGUGAAUCUACCGGAGAGAUUGCUGCUCAUAAUGUUGAUUCAAAGGGUUCUAGUCAAAAGCCUGGUCAACGAGGUUCUCGUGGAUCCAAUGGGAAUAAUGAUGUCUUGCAAGAACAUCAAAUGCAACCGAUGUCACUUAAAGAGUCGAUUGCGGGAAUCAAGUUAGCUCUUGAUAAUAUCGAAGCCAACAGUUUUCCUUGUCCUUCUUUUCCUUUGCAGCAAUUUACUCGAGCAAAUGAUUACGAACGUCCUUUUGUCAUAGAAAGUUUUCGAAGAGACUACAUUAGAUCCCAACAGGAGGAGAAGGGGCUACUUGAUAAGGCACGAUUCGAACGAGAGUACAGAGAACGAGUCGAAAUGGUACAUCAAGAACAUUCUAUCAUGCCAGUUUCUGCUCGUCCUUCCACACAAGCCUAUUAUACCAAGUUGAUGACACUUGAACAGGAGCACAGAAAGCGACUCGAGAUGUAUUAUCAAAUGCAUCAUACCAUGCGAGCUCCUUCUCCUGCUUCGUUAGCAGCUUAUGAAACUGAAAUCAGAGAGCGGGUCAUGAGUGCACUUCAACGACAUCCCGUGCCAGAUCCUCCUCCUUAUUUACAAGAUGAUCAUACUAAUAGCAAGGAGCACCUCGAGAUGGCACGUCGACUUUACGCUGAUGCUCAAAAAAAAGCAAGUGACUCUCGUGCUUCUCUCGGACCUCUUAACUUCGGUCUUGCUAAUGCCAAAGAACUUGGUUCUCCUGCAUCUGCAUCGAAGGAAGCUAAGCAACUCCAGCUCGGCGAUAUCAAGAAGCUUCCCAAUGCUCUCGCAGGUCCCGCCCAGACUGGUACCCAAGUAAUUAAUUCUCCUACAUCGAAGGACGCUAAGAAACCCAGGCUCGGUGAAAUCAAGAAGCUUCCCAAUGAUCUCGCAGUUCCCGGUCGCACUGGUACCAAAGAGGCUAUUGCUGCUGCUAAGGUCAUGGAGAUAAAGAAGAAGAAGGAAGCCAAUCUCGAAGACCUCAGACAAUUUGCCGUUGAUUUCCAGAUGUCCACUCCGGUUCCAUCAGAUAUUGCCUUUAUCAAUGCCGGUGAGGUUCCCAUUGAUUCUUUGCAGGGUUACGCUUCGCAUCAUGCUAAUACUUACAAUGUAGCUCCCCUUCGACGUACUUUGAAGGAGGCUAAUGCUCAUCAAGCUAAAGUUCGUCAUACUAAUGUUCGUCCUGCUGUGGCUCAUCCUUCUGCGCCUGGCGAACGAUUGGCUGAUCGAAUUUCCACCAACAACGUCUCGGUUACUCAAAAGCCCGCUGCUGCAUCUGGUAUCACUUCCUUCGCUGUCACAAAUCCACAAUCCAACAGUGUCAAUGUCGCCCGUGCAUCAGACAAUCAAGGCCAAGCUGCAAAGCACCUUGCCAAUAACGAUCGUUCCGAGCAAGAGAGCAUCGAUGAUGGAUGGGAUAUGGCUAAUUGA